AUGGCCAAAGAAGAAGAAGAAGAAGAAGUAGAAAGCAAUAGUAAGCUCACUCUCUCUGGUUUGUUGAAUUUUAUAGAUCAGAUUUGGUCGGCUACUGGGGGAGAGAGGAUCAUUGUCUUCACCACUACUUAUGUGGAAAAGCUUGAUCCAGCUCUCAUUAGGAGGGGACAUAGGGACAAGCACAUAGAAUUGUCCUAUUGUUCCUUUGAAGCAUUCAAGGUUCUUGCUAGGAAUUAUUUGGAUGUUCAUUCACAUGAGUUGUUUGCGACAAUUGACCGUUUGUUGGAAGAAACCAAUAUGACUCCUGCUGAUGUUGCUCAGAAUUUGAUGCCCAAGUCUCUAAUUGAAGAUGCUGAGAUAUGUUUGAAGAGCUUGAUUGAAGCUCUUGAGACAGUCAAGCCGGAAGCAAGAAUAAAGGCUGAGGAAGAAGGAAGGCUAAAGAUGGUGAAAGAAAAGCAAGAAGCUGCUCAAGAAGAUGUGAAAGUUGAUGAAUCUUCACCUAAAGUGAAAGAGAGUUGUAUUGAAGUUGUGAAACAUUGA